AUGGCAGACGGCGCAGAUAAAACCGAUGAGCUCUACCCUAUUGCUGUCUUGAUUGAUGAGUUAAAGCAUGAUGAUGUCCUUUUACGAUUAAAUGCCAUACAUCGACUCUCCACAAUCGCACUCGCGCUGGGAGCGGAGCGCACUCGAGAUGAAUUGAUCCCUUUCUUGGACGAGUCUGUGGAGGAUGAGGAUGAAGUUCUGACCGCCCUGAGCGACGAACUCGGAGGCUUUGUUGAGUAUGUUGGUGGUCCAGAAUGGGGCCAUGUUCUUUUAUCACCUCUUGAGAACCUCGCAGCGAUCGAGGAGCCUCUCGUAAGAGAAAAGGCUGUAGAAUCCCUAAACAAAAUCUGCGAGGAAUUGUCAUCCCAACAAGUCGAAGAAUACUUUAUUCCCCUCACAAUCCGCCUCUCCAAAGCCGACUGGUUUACCUCAAAAAUAUCCGCAACGGGCCUCUACAAUGUUCCAUACAAGAAGGCAUCACCCCCCAUGCAAGAGCAGCUCAGGCAUCAAUUUGGACUUCUUGUGCACGACGAGACACCGAUGGUUCGAAGACAGGCUGCAAAUAACUUAGCAAAGUUUGUGAAGGAGAUGCCUGCUACGAUUGUCGUAGAGGAAAUGAUUCCAUUGUUCCAACAUCUCGCGAGCGACGAUCAGGAUAGUGUACGUUUGUUGACAGUAGAGAUCUUGAUUGCGAUCGCUGAAGUCGUACCUAAAGAGCAACAAUCUAGUCAUGGGGUUCUACUUACAUCUUUGAGGAGUUUGAUCGAGGACAAAAGCUGGAGGGUAAGAUAUAUGGUUGCAGAUAGAUUUGAAAAGAUUGCUAAAGCAGUGGACGGAGAGGUCGUAACAAGGGAUCUUGUGCCAGCUUUUGUUAAACUUCUCAAAGAUACCGAGGCAGAGGUACGGACAGCUAUUGCUGGUCAAAUUCCAGGCUUCUGUAGAUUGGUUGACAGGGAAAUGCUUCUCAAUGAGAUUAUGACAACCGUGGAAGAUUUGGUUUCUGACACUUCUCAACACGUCCGUGCCGCUCUGGGAACUCAGAUCAGUGGUCUCGCUCCAAUACUAGGAAAGCAAGAGACUAUUGACCAUUUACUCCCCAUGUUCCUGCAGAUGUUGAAAGAUGAGUUUCCUGAUGUACGACUCCAUAUCAUUUCAAAAUUAGAAUUGGUUAAUCAAGUCAUUGGUAUCGAGCUUCUGUCCCAGUCGCUUCUGCCAGCAAUUGUUCAACUCGCCGAAGACAAGCAGUGGCGCGUACGCUUGGCUAUUAUUGAGUACAUUCCGCUAUUAGCAAGCCAGCUUGGUGUCAAAUUUUUCGAUGAAAAAUUGGCUGCUCUGUGUAUGGGCUGGCUUGGCGACACUGUUUUCUCCAUUCGGGAGGCCGCAACCCAUAAUUUGAAAAAACUCACCGAAGUCUUCGGCGUUGAAUGGGCCAACGAGGCUAUCAUUCCCAAGGUAAUGGCAAUGGGAGCACACCCAAAUUAUCUCUACAGAAUGACAACAUGUUUUGCGAUCACUACCCUCGCACCAGUCGUUAGUCUCGACGUUGUCGCGAAGUCAAUCUUACCAAUGAUGGACAAACUCGUUGUCGACGAUAUUCCAAAUAUACGAUUCAACGUGGCCAAAUCAUAUUCUGAAAUCAUUUCCGUCCUCAAGCGCUUACCUGAUGAAGGAACUGUCUACUCAUUAGAAAAGUCGGGAGACUCAACGCCACCAUCAGCGAGAGGACAACAGCUUAUUCAGGAGAGAAUUGUGCCAAAUCUGGAGAAACUAGCAAAGGAUGAGGAUGUCGACGUUCGAUUUUUCGCCACUACCGCAGCUGGAUCAAUUUCUGGCGAGCCAAUGAAUACGUCACCUUAG